AUGCAGAUAAAAAACCGAAUUGGCAGCGAUGGAAGCAACGAGAGCAAAGAUAAACCGCCAGCAAGCAAGUGUCAGCAAGCAAGAGUACAAAACAACAAAAAGACUGUAAUAGUGGGAGACUCGAUUGUCAAAGGUUUGCAGCAACACAAACUUUCGAAAGCAGCAAAGCAGAACGUGGGUGUGAAAUGCUUCCCAGGAGCGACUGUUGGUGAUAUGAGCGAUUAUAUAAAACCCGUGCUACGUCGAAAGCCAGAUACCGUUAUUCUACAUGUGGGAACAAACAACGCCACCAACAAAGAAGCAAGCGAGAUAGUUAACGACAUCGACAAAAUAUGCGAAGAGGUCAAAGAAAUUGAUCCCAACGUUGAAAUAAUACUGUCUGAAUUGACCAACAGAGAGGACAAUGCAAAGGCCAAAACAACUGUUCAAGAG